GAAAGGCGAAAAAAGCGAAGCCCACUACCCAACACAACUACACUGACUAGGCCCGUAAAGCGAGAGAAGUACGUAACGAGCGGAUGUAGCAGGCGCGACAGUCGCCAAGCCAGAGCCUAUCCGCAAAGGAAGAGCCACGGUGUGACGUAAACGAGACAAUCCAAACAAGUAUCAGCUGUGUGCUCCCCGUAGUCAUUGUUCUUCUCUUUAGGCUCCGCGUCCAGAUUCUGGCCGAAGGGGCUCCGUUCUCGGACUCUUCCGAUCGAGUCGAGCGCAAGAGACGAAUCAGCUGGGCCAAGUCAGAGCGAGCAGGUCGAGUCCGCAGUGACAGUUCCCAGCUGACGCGGAGAAGACAGAGCGCGAGCGAGCAAGCGAGAGAGCAAAGGAGGAGAGAAAGAGAGAGAAAGGAAGAAAGAGACGAGUCUCGAGGUGCGCUUUAAAAUCGACGUGUGUGGCGAGCUAUUGCGAGAGGCCAGUCGACCUUUUUUUCGCCCGAAAAAAAGGAGGGAAAAAAAAUCGAGCAACCGUGGCUGCUUCUCGGCCGCCCCAGCCACCACCUCCGGCCGCCACCUUCAAACGUCAACCGACGACACCAUCGCUCUCACCCCGAGGGACAAUAAUCGUGUGAAAAACGGGGCGGUACGCGCAUAAGCCUGGCCUCGAGCAGCGAGUCGGACGACGGUGGACUCGCUCCGCCACCGCGCAAAAGGUCCCGUAGUUCCCUACCGGCUACCCUAAGACCAGCGGACGAGCAGCACUCCUCCAGUCCGGACAUGGAUAACUAUCGUGUACACGACAGCAUAAUGCAACAGCAGGCUUCGAAUGGCGGUGUAUCUUCUGGAUUACAACAAAAUGGAGCUAAAGCGGACUCCGGUGGACUUCAUGCCAAUGGCAACCUGCUACCAGACUCAGAUAACGAUGUUAAUGGUAUGAACGGGGAAAUAAAUCAGAGUCUAGGACCUCCCAAGAUAAUGGACAAAACUAAUCAAGACAUUGUGAGACUUAUCGGACAACAUUUAAAGACAGUUGGUUUGGAUCGUACAGCAGAUCUGCUUAUGCAAGAAUCAGGUUGUCGACUAGAUCAUCCUGCCGCAGCAAAGUUUAGACAGCACGUUAUGGAUGGCGAUUGGAAUAAAACAGAUCAUGACCUCAAUGAACUCAAGUCCUUCUUAAAUAGUGCGCACCAGAGUUUAGUGGAAAUGAAGUUCUUACUGCUAGAACAAAAAUAUUUAGAAUAUUUGGAAGAAGGUAUGGUAUUCGAUGCGUUACAUGUACUACGCAAUGAGCUUACACCUCUGGGCCAUAAUACUGGUCGUGUUCAUCAGUUAUCUUUAUUUAUGAUGUGCAGUGGACGAGAUGAAUUACAGACACGUGCAGGCUGGGAUGGCAAAGGGCCAGCCUCCAGGGCUGCGCUUAUGGACAGACUACAAAGAUACCUGCCACCCUCCAUUAUGUUACCACCACGCAGGCUUCAUUCUUUACUCUGUCAAGCUGUGGAAAUGCAAAACCAACUCUGCACGUAUCAUAUAACGCAUACACAGCAGACGAGUCUAGAAAAUGUCUCUCUGCUUGUGGAUCACAAUUGUGGUAAGGAGCAAUUUCCGUGCCACACCAUACAGAUACUCAAUGAUCAUUGCGAUGAAGUUUGGUAUUGUAAAUUCUCGCCCGACGGUCUCAAACUCGCCACAGGUUCUAAAGAUAUGACUGUAAUUAUAUGGGAUGUAGAUCCAGAAACAUUAAAAGUAACACAUAGGAAAACACUCGAGGGCCAUACGUAUGGCGUAGCACUGAUCGCCUGGAGCCCCGACAGCAGUCAUCUAAUUGCCUGCGGCCCUGAAGACUGCCCUGAGCUGUGGCUUUGGAAUGUCGACACGCCCGAUUGCGAAUUACGCGUGAAACUGACCCAGAGUACGGACGACUCGCUGACGGCUUGCGCCUGGCAUCGUGAUUCGAAUAAAUUCGUAGCCGGGGGACUUCGUGGUCAAUUUUAUCAAUGCGACAUGGACGGCAAUGUCUCCGAUUCAUGGGAAGGAGUAAGAGUAAAAUGUCUAUGGUGUCGCAGCGAUGGCAAAACUGUUCUAGCCGCUGAUACACAUCAUAGAAUUCGAGGAUAUAACUUUGAUGAAUUAUGCGAUUUUACAAUGUUGCAAGAAGAUCAUCCCGUCAUGUCAUUUAGCGUAAACAAAGCGGAUCGACUCGCGUUACUGAAUGUAGCCAAUCAAGGUGUACAUCUUUGGGACUUGCAAGAUAGAUGUCUUGUAAGACGUUUUCAAGGAGUCACCCAAGGACAUUUUACUAUUCACAGUUGUUUUGGAGGAACCAAUCAAGAUUUUAUUGCAUCUGGUAGUGAAGAUACUAAGGUAUACAUCUGGCAUAUCAAGAGAGAAUUGCCUAUAGCAACGCUCACAGGACACAGUAGAACAGUUAACUGUGUCUCAUGGAAUCCUGUUUAUCAUCAAAUGAUGGCUUCUGUAUCGGAUGAUUUUACAGUAAGAAUAUGGGGUCCAAGAUCAUCUUCUCUCGACGGAGUUGAAAACGAUAAGACUGUAUCGCUAGAAACUAAUUCUUCAAAUACCAGUGGAUGGCAUGAAAUGGUAUCGUAGCGAACUACAGAGCGCACCAGUGUUCCCAUGACCUCAUGGUGUUCAAAAGACUGUCAUAUUGACAUUUGACUAUUGUACUGUCCUGUUGAUUGUCAUAUUGACAUUUUACUUCCUUCUGCAGUUGCCCCCUCCGUACCUCUCAAUCACUCUCACCUACCAUCUGUUGAAUAGAGGUAUUAGGAGAGAUGUAUAUGUUAGCAACAACUGCUAAACCGUCUGCAACUAUUAAAAGAACCGAAAACCAUCGAGUGUAAUUUUCACCUUAGUGCAUAUAUAUAUAUAUACACACAUAUAUAUAUAUAUAUAUAUAUAUACUUUCUUUUUAAUAGUAUCUUUAUGUAUUUUGUAUGCAUAUGAUAUCCGUUGUGUUAUCUCGAUUAAAAAUGUUGAGUGAUUUAAGCGUCAAGAGUUAAUAAUCGAAGAUAUGAUGCAUAAUAAAGUAGAUUAUAUGGCAGAAAAUAGAAAAUGAAGAAAAUUCCGUCUUAGGAUUGAUGUGUAAGGAAUAAAAAUUAUAAAACACAACAACAACAAGAACAUGGAACGCAUCUGUGUGAUGUUGGGACAGUAUCAUAGAAACGUUAUGUUUUGACAGGAAUUUUGUCAAAUUGACUAUAAUUGUAUCAAUAAAUAUUGUAAAUAACAAUUUCGAA